AUGCCAGAGAACCUCCACUUCGACACUCUACAGCUUCACGCUGGCCAUGAGCCAGACAGCACCACCAACUCCCGCGCUGUCCCAAUCUACGCCACAAGCUCCUAUGUCUUCAAUGACUCGGCCCACGGCGCCAGACUCUUCGGUUUGAAAGAGUUUGGCAAUAUCUACAGUCGCAUCAUGAACCCCACAGUCGACGUGUUUGAAAAGCGCAUCGCAGCCCUGGAAGGCGGCGUUGCUGCCAUUGCCGCAUCCUCGGGCCAAUCUGCCCAAUUCAUGGCUAUCACGGCCCUGGCGCAUGCAGGCGACAAUAUCGUUUCAACCAGCAAUCUCUACGGUGGAACCUACAACCAGUUCAAAGUUAUGUUCCCGCGACUGGGGAUCACGACUAAGUUCGUUCAGGGUGAUAAGGUAGAGGAUAUUGCUGCUGCCAUUGAUGAUAAGACUAAGGCUGUUUAUCUGGAGUCAAUUGGGAAUCCCAGGUACAAUGUCCCUGACUUCGAGGCUAUUGCUAAGGCGGCUCAUGAAAAGGGUGUUCCUGUUGUUGUUGAUAAUACAUUCGGUGCUGGUGGGUACUUUGUUCGUCCGAUUGAUCAUGGUGCAGACAUUGUUGUUCACAGUGCCACGAAAUGGAUUGGUGGACAUGGUACCACGAUUGGAGGAGUGGUGAUUGACAGUGGCAAGUUUGACUGGGGGAAGAACGGGGCUCGAUUCCCUCAAUUCAUUGAACCAUCUGAGGGAUACCAUGGGUUGAAAUUCUGGGAGACUUUUGGAUCCCUUGCGUUUGCCAUUCGAGUCCGCGUUGAGAUUCUCCGUGAUGUGGGAUCUGCGUUGAAUCCUUUCGCGGCCCAGCAGUUGAUUCUGGGCCUGGAGACUUUGAGUCUGCGAUGUGAGCGACAUGCAUCUAAUACGCUUGCCUUGGCGAAAUGGUUAGAGAAGAAUGAGAAUGUCACUUGGGUUUCGUACCCGGGAUUGGAAUCUCAUCCUUUCCAUGAACUGGCGAAGAAGUACUUGCCCCGUGGGUUUGGUGGUGUGCUGUCCGUUGGGAUCAAGGGAGGUGCUGCUGGUGGUGCUCAAGUUGUGGAUAACUUCAAGCUGAUUUCUAAUCUUGCUAAUGUCGGUGAUUCCAAGACCCUGGCCAUUCACCCUUGGUCCACCACCCAUGAACAGCUGUCAGAGCAAGAGCGCCGUGACUCUGGGGUCACCGAGGAUGGGAUUCGCAUUUCCGUGGGCACCGAGUACAUUGGCGAUAUCAUUGCCGACUUUGAGCAGUCGUUCAAGGCUGCUCAGGCGGUGCCAGCGUAA